GCGGUAAAGAAUCUACCUCACUGGGAAUGUCAUCAUCACCAACUUCAGAUGGGUUUACCCAUCCAGCCCACUGUUCAGGACCAAGUCCUGGGGUGGGUAGUCCUCCGAGUCUUGCUCGCUCUGCCUCUGCUUCAGUCUGCCCUACCAAGCCCAGUGACCCAGAUAGCAUUGAACCUCAAGCUGUGAAGGCUUUGAAGGCUUCAUCUGAGUUCCAGAUGAACUCAAAAAAGAAAGAACUUCUUCCUCUACAGGAUCUUUCUGAUCAUGCUUUUUCAGCAGACGAGAGUCCAGCUAUGCCUUUGCAUAAUUCAUCCGAAGAAGCAGUCAUGAGAGAUAAUCUGGAGAAAUCUGCUGAAAGAAGCACCCAGGGCCUCAAAUUUUAUCUCCAUACAAGACAGGAAGCUAAUUUAUCUGUCACAACUACUAAGAUGCAUGAACCACUGAUGCUUGUAGACAAAAAGGGUUGGCACCCAGAAAAUCAGAGCCUGCACCAACUCAAGGGCCUUCAGCAGCACACAGAACCAGGGAGUAAACAGCAUGAGGUACAGCAGGAUGCUCCACAAGACCAAGGACAGCUUUGUGACCCGGGGGACCUUCAGCUUCCGGAAGAGAGGCAACAGGGUCAGCAGAAAAGUGUUGAUUUGAAAGCAGCGAUGACAGGAGAUGGGCUACAGCAGAACGCAUGUCUUCCGGGCACGGAGAAAAGCUUUCCACCCCCGGGAUGCUUCGGCUGCUCGAAUGCAGAAAUGCUCAUGGAAAUAGAUGUGGUGGAACAGAGCCUAGUUGCUGUGCUUGAUUCAGCAGGCAGGCAGAUUGCCGCUGUGGAGAACGCUGGUGCAUCUGGUCUCCCAUCAGAGAACCCCUUGAUGGAAGUAGAAACAUCAAAGUGUAGCCGUGCAUCUGGAAGUGCGAAUAAUCCUAUCUCCACUCAGGCGUUACAGCUCCCAGAAAGCAAUGUUGAAAUGUCUGGAACAAAUAACGAACAUGGGGAAAACCUACCCUCCCUAAGUCUCUGCGGCAGUUGUCAGCCCUCUGUGGAGGCAGCAGAAGAACCUUGUUCGUCUGUCACAGCAGCCCUGAAAGAACUUCAUGAACUUUUGAUCAGUAGUAGUAAGCCAGCUUCAGAAAAUACACCCGAAGGUAGCUGUCAGUCAGAAACAGUGCCGGAGGGCCAAACAGGUGUUACAGAAAGCCAGACUCAGAAUGAGUGUCUGCCCCACAGAGACCCGUGUCCACAAGGCUGCUGUCAUCUGGCCACAUGUGUGUCAGUGAAGACAGAAAGCGUGGGCGGAGCGCCUGGCGCCAGAACAGAAGAUGCGGGAAGUACUGGCUUCCAGGGUCCAGGUGACGGCCCGUCAGCUGACAAGGAAGGUGCCCCCACAUCCAGAGAGUCCGUCAGCGGGAGCGGUUCUGUCACUGUAACCUCAGCGAAAUCAUCUAAUCAGUUACCCUGCACCAUAGGUGUAGAAAUUUCACCCCGUCUCCAGGCCGGUGAGCAGGAUGCCGUCGAUCAGAUUCCUGAGCAAACACAGUCUUCGCCAUCUAGUUUCAUACUGGUUAAAGAUUGGGGUCAUGGCGUACAGAAUCCAGGAAUAGACAGGCCUGAAACCAGAGAAAACGCCUGUCCUGACGCUGCAUGGCCAUUUCUUGAAUUGGAGCCACCAACCAGCCAUCCAUUGUCAAGUCCCUCCCUCCUCUCACCCUUAAUUUUUCCUGCCACAGAUAUUGACCGGAUUCUUCGGGCCGGUUUUACUUUGCAGGAAGCUCUUGGGGCUUUGCAUCGAGUUGGUGGAAAUGCAGACCUUGCACUUCUUGUUUUGCUAGCAAAGAACAUUGUAGUUCCCACGUAACUAUGGAGAAGUGGGCUAGACCGUACUCCAUUCCCUUUUAAAAAAAAAAAAAAGCACUCUCUAUACACACACAUACACACUCACCACAUACACAGUAUAUGUAGAAACCUGCAAGCAGAAUGUUGAGCCAGAUUUUUUUAAUGAUUUUUUUUUUCUUUUUGGCCAAAGUAAUUUAUGAUCUCUCGUCUGAUGAAUUUGUCUAUCCUACUUGUUAAAUUUUGGGCCUUUAAGAAUGUAUUGGCAGUAUGUGCAUACAAAAGCUUUUUAUUCUCACUGAGGUGAUGUAUUCUGGAAUAAAAUGGAUGGUUUCGUGUAUAGCAUAACACUUUAAAAUGAGAGUGAAUGCUUUAAAAAGCAGAGACCAUGAGAAAUCCCCCCACGCAUGCAACUAGAAACAGGUCAGCUUCCCACCUGUCUCUGCUACAGGCAGGGUGUGGCUUGUUCACUCAGCCAUCAGCCUAGAAACUUGAGACCAUACAGCUUGGUGUUGGGAAUUCUGCACAGUGUGUAUUAGGAUUCACCACUCAUGACAGGACUUUGAAGAAUAAUUAAAUAAUAUACCCUA